AGCUAAGCUUUCUUUCCUUGUUGCAACCUCAAUUUUUGAGCUCUGAAACAGCUUCUGAUCCUUCUUGCUUCCCUACGAACCGUCCCAUGAUAAUAAACCAUACACUACUUCAGGUUCCUCCAUUGCAUUUCAAUCAGCGACCUUAAUAUUUUCACACCCAUCAAACCCAUUCAAUAGCCUCUUAAAAAAAAAAAAAAAGAAACAAAAAGCUUCGGAAUUUGGAGUUUCGCAAGUGUCUGUUGGAAAAAAAAAAAAAAAUGAUUCAGCUACUGUUCACGGUGAUAUUCUCGGAGAUGGGUCUGGCAAUGGUGCUGCUGUUCAAGACCCCAUUGCGGAAAUUGGUGAUAAUGGGAUUGGAUCGGGUGAAGCGCGGCCGUGGACCAGUCGUGGUGAAGACCGUGGCGGGAACAGUUUUUGUGGUUUUGAUGUCGAAUGUUUACAGCAUGAUGAAAAUCAAGAAGCGUUGGAUCGAAGAUGGUGAGGUCAACCCCACCGAUCAGGUCCUCAUGGCCAACCAUCUUCUUGAAGCCACUCUCAUGGGGUCUUCCCUAUUCCUUGCACUUAUGAUUGACAGGCUGCACCACUACAUUAGAGAACUUCGAAUAAGGAGGAAGAGUAUGGAGGCUGUUAAAAAACAGAACAGAGGAUUUGACGACAGCAAAACCAGUGGUUCUGAUGAGAUCAAAGCCAUGGAGGUUGAAUUGACUACUUUGCAAGCAAAGCUCAAGCAGGUAGAAUCUGAGCUUGAGAAAAGGGUCAAGGAUGUAAAUUCUGCAGAAGCUAAUGCAGUUGCUCUGAGGAAGCAAUCAGAAGGAUUUCUUCUCGAGUAUGAUCGUUUACUUGAGGAAAAUCAAAACUUACGCAACCAGUUGCAAUCAGUGGACCGAAGAUUGUCACGUUCGGUUUUAAUUCCGGAUUCCUCAGUGGUAUGGUGCUGGAAAUGGCAAUCGUCUGGUUAAUAUGAGCAUCAUGAGGCCAAAGAAAACCAAUAUUGAGAACACUGAUAACACAAGCAUUAGGCCGGAAGCUAUAUGACCUUUUGCUUUCUGAGCGUAUUCUACAGAGGCUAGAGCGACGAAGGUUAGCGGGAAGGAGUAUGCCC